CUGAGCAUUGUAGCGUUUACGCUUUCUUACAAUUUUCUCUCUCUACACUCAGCUUAGGUUUUUAAUCUCUCCAUUCCAUCGCCGCCGUCGUCCGCCGCUUCAGAGUUCCUGAGACGUAGCUGUGCUAGCAGUUACUCCUCGCCUGAAAAACUGACCGAAAUCGCCGAAUUUCUGAGUUCACAGCUGGAUUUAACCUAGAGUAACCGGAGCUAGUAGAAAGAUGAGUAUAGUACCGAAAGAGACAAUAGAAGUGAUAUCACAAAGUAUAGGUGUAAGCAAUUUAUCACCAGAUGUCUUGCCUGCUCUCGCCGUCGAUGUCGAAUACCGCAUUCGAGAGAUUAUGCAGGAAGCUAUUAAAUGUAUGCAUCAUUCGAAGAGAACUACGUUAUCUACGGAUGAUGUGGAUGCUGCACUUAGCUUGAGAGGUGUAGAGCCAAUAUAUGGCUUUGCUUCAGGGGAUCCGUUAAGGUUCAGGAGAGCGGCUGGACAUAAAGAUUUGUUCUACAUUGAAGAGAAGGAUGUAGAAUUCAAAGAUGUGAUCGAAGCUCCUUUGCCGAAAGCACCGCUAGAUGCUGCUGUUGUUGCCCAUUGGUUAGCUAUAGAAGGAGUACAACCUGCUAUUCCUGAAAACCCUCUGCCUGAAGCCUUAGCGAUGCCGUCUGAUACUAGAAAUACCGAGUAUAAGGAGGAUGGAGUUCCUGUUGAUAUUAAAGUACCUGUUAAGCAUGUCCUAUCGCGUGAGCUUCAGCUCUAUUAUGAAAAAAUUAAAGAGCUUACUGUAGAUAGAUCUAAUCCCCUUCUCUUUAAAGAAGCUCUACGAAGCUUAGCAACAGACUCAGGGAUUCAUCCAGUAGUUCCUUACUUUACAUAUUUCAUUUCUGAUGAGGUUUCUCGGAAUUUGAACAAUUUUCCUCUCCUUUUCGCUUUGAUGCGGCUACUCUGGAGCCUUCUCCAGAAUACACAAAUACAUAUUGAACCAUAUCUGCACCAGUUGAUGCCUUCUAUAAUGACAUGCCUUGUUGCAAGAAGGUUGGGAAACAGAUUAUCUGACAAUCAUUGGGAACUUAGGGACUUCUCAGCAACGUUGGUUGCUUUAAUAUGCAAGAGAUAUGGUCGUGUGUACCACAAUCUCCAGUCACGUGUCACCAGUACUUUGCUGCAUGCUUUUCUGGAUCCAACUAAGGCGCUGCCACAACAUUAUGGAGCAAUUCAAGGACUUGCAGCUCUUGGACCUGGUGUGGUUCGCCUACUUGUGCUGCCAAAUCUUGAGGCUUAUUUGCAAUUACUGGAACCCGAAAUGCAGCCCGAGAAGCAAAAAAAUGAAAUGAAGAGGUUUGAAGCUUGGCGUGUAUAUGGAGCCUUGAUGUGUGCUGCUGGUUUAUGCAUCUACGAGCGCUUCAAGUUGCUUCCAGCUUCACUAUCUCCAUCCACUCGCACAUUCCUGAAGAGUAAAUGGAAAGUCUCAACUACAUUGUCGAGCAAACGCAAAGCAAGCUUGGACAACAUGAUGACCCAGCCUCCACCCAAGAGAUUAAUGACAGAUGGCCCAAUAAGUUCAAUGACGGCAAAUUCUCUGCCAGUAAGCACACAAGGACCAGCUGUUGGAUAUGCUGUAACCCCUAGGGUUACAGAAACUGGUGUAUCUUCAGCAUCACAUGGUUUGCAGCACAACGAGAAUAUGCUGAGAACCAUUGGUAGAAGGGAUAUGACUGCUGGUCAAGGUCAAAAAACAUCGGUUCCUCUUGAUCAGGCCUGGAAGGAAGAUCUGGAUGCUGUGCGGUUGUUGCCAUCUCUGUUUGAAUGUUUUGGUGAAAGGAUGUUUUCCUUUACCCCUUCACCUGAGUUGUCUUUCUUUUUGUGAUCCUUGUGAAUGGGACAGUGGAAGUGAAUAUCAACUGCAUUCGUUCACCUUUUUGGGUACAUGACUAUUUAUGUAGUAUAUGUU